AUGCCCUCCUGGCGGCAUCAACAGCUUCAACCCCAGCUGCAGGUCCCAGUUCAACCAACCUUCCCCCUCUCGUCACCCAUCAGCGAGGAGAUCUCGAGUCCAUCGUGUUCGUCUGCAGAGGAUAGAGAUUUGGAGCGUACCCGGCCAUUUGACUUCCUGGUCAAGGCGACUAAGCACAAGAUCGAGACGAAAUCGGGGAAAGAUGGAAAUCGCUCGCCUAAAUUGUCCCAACGAGACCGACACGAUCAUCACAAACGACACAGUAUCCGGGGUAUCACGAAGAAAAAGAAGAAUGUCGCAAAGCCCGUAGGACUGAAUUUGGUCACGGACUUUUCGCUCGCGGCACCGCCCAAGAAACAACCCGAUAAUGGGUCUGCACCGUUCGUGGACUUGAAUGAUCUCAAGCUGCUUUCUGAGGACCGGGCGAAAGAACGGUCUGGGCAGAAGAAGGACUCCACUAGUAUCAAUGGCGACCUCUCGGAGAUCACGAACCCAUCGAAUACCUCGAAUUCCUCCAGAAAAAGAGCAUCAUUUCACCAGCUCCCCGAGGAAACUAGCCGCAUACAAAUACAAAGCGAGACGGGAAACCCCUUCCUAGAUCCGAAACUCGAGAAUCCCUUCAACGAUAGAUUCGAUCAUGGCCUCUCUCCUUCUGAUCGCCAUGUUAUGAUUGGUCUUUCCGUGCCUCGAAACGAAUCCUCGUAUCAUACGAGGGAAAUCGAUAGUGCAGGCACACCUCUGACACCCUCUAUCAUAGUCACCCCGGCUCGCGAAGAUGCUCCCUGGUCGACGUCAAGUCCGGAAGGUCUCCGCCCCCGCGCAACAUCUAGUAUCUACUCCCAACCCACGCCUCGCCUUUGGCAAAGUGAUCCGGAUAUCCCGCCGGUACCGGCUAUACCGGCCGAACACUCGACCAAAAAGGCGGCCGCCGAUUCAGAUUUCCUGAGUGCCCAUUUCGCAGCUAUGACUCGGAAACACAGGUCCAUGUCUGUGGAGACUAUUAUCGAGGACGACGUUGCGGACCGCGGACUCGUGCAGGAGACUCAGGAUGAUAAUGACCGAGCUCCGUUGACAAGACUCAGUGUUAACACUCAGGCGAUGAGACCCGAAUCCCAGGGUUGGUGGACAUAUUUGCUUUCGCCUCUCCUCGGGAAGAAGUCCCCUCUUAGUCCAUCGUUCCCUCGGAGUGCCGCCGCCAGCGCGCCAAGUACGAAAGACACCAACAAGGAAUGGUGGGAGAAAGAAGUCUCCUGCUUUUCUCCCGAGACGCCAGAGUCCGCGGUGCCGAGCCAAUGGCAAGAAAGCAAGAAAGGUCUAGAGCAGUCUCGUUCUUUGGGAGUUAGCGAAGAGCCGGACUCUUCAGCCAAGAGGCAGACAGCUGCAUCGAUGAUAUUCGGUGGACGGUCUAUACAAGGCGAAGCCGCGGAGUACUAUCAAGCCUGUGCGCAUGAAAUGUUCAGCCAAACAUCAUAUUUCGAAUGCCACAAUCAUAUCUGCUCUAUUACGCCGGCGGCUGUCGUGGCGGCUAUCUAUGCUGCACAGUUCGAGUCUGAUAAAGGGGAAACUAGGGAUCGGGGGUUGAUCUUUGCGGAGGCUCAGGCGCAAGAGAAGAAUCGCAGUUUGCCUCAAACGGGUGGGAAUAGGGGUCUUCUUAUUGAUGUUGACUCGCCGACGCAGGGGAUGAAGGAGAUUGAGCAUUCAAAGGAGAUCGGUUCGCCCGCAUCAGCUACUUCCUCGGAUUCGUGGUCUUCUAGUAUCACCGACGAGAAUGAAUUUGAACAUGAGAAAGGCUUGACUGGGCCUCCACAGGCCGCGACAAGAGGACUCGUUCCUGAUGCUCCAUCUGAGCAACCCAUUCACCCUCCCCCUGCUGCAGCGCCGUUUCAUGAGCCUGCUCCAGCUCCAACGGCUUUCAUGCCUGAACCACCACCACCAGGUCCGAUUCCAAUAGCCCCUGCGGUCAUGCCCGAGCCACCACCACCGGUACAAGCGCCGCCUCCUCAGUUUAUCAAUACUAUUUCACCGCCGACGAACAAUAUCCAUUAUAUGCAGCAACCUGUCGCGAUGCCUCCGGAACCUGCUCCGGUGGAUAGGGUUGCUCCUUCGUACGGCCCUGUUGUCCCAUCUGUGAAUGAGCCCACACCCGCAGCGCCAAUGCCUCAAGAGCAACCUCGAGGAAUGAGUGAAUGGCCCAUAGUACCUCCGCCCGCAGCGCAGAAUCCAACGCAUGAGGGGUCAACCAGAGCUGCUCCGAUCCCUCUACCUAUGAGAGGACAAUCAAACCCUGAGCUACAGCAGGAUAAUCAUGUACUACCGCCAAACCCAGCCCAGAAUGAGCCGAUAUCACCUGCAUUCCAGCGCGCAGCAGGAGGACCGGGUGCAAUCCAGAUGAACUCGAUGAAUGAGGUACAUGCUCCGGCUCCAGCAUACACUCAAUACCCCCGAGACGAAGCGCCUCUGCCCCCGCGAUAUGCACUGCAUCCAGCCCCCGGAGCAGCAAUAAUGAAUCCCACCCGUGAAAGAGGACCAGCAGAAGCCCGGCGGCAGAGACUUGAACGGGAAGAUGCUAUUGGCAGAAAGGUUGGCGGAUUCUGGCGCGGAAGAGGCUGUUUCAGCAAGAAAGGAUGCUUUGGACGUCCAGGGCGUGAAGGCCGAACGAAACGCCGGUGGUACUUUUGCAUCUGCCUGUUCUUCCUGGUCAUAGUGAUUUUGGCCAUUGUACUAGCAAUCACAUUGACCAGAAAAGGCGAUACAACCCCGGUCCAGUCGCAGUGGCUCAAUCUAACAGGGUACCCACCCAUGCCUACGGGUAUCUCCACCGUCGCUGGUGCAGAGCCGCAAGUGGAGCAGUCAGGCUGUAUCAAACCGUCCUCGUUAUGGAGCUGUGCUCUGCCCAAUGGCCAACAAUCUGAUAACAAGCCCUACGCCGCGGAUGAGCCCAACUUCAGACUGGAAAUUCGCUUCCGCAACGGGACAUACGAUAACAGCACGGUUGCGAGCACAACGAGCAAGACCCGUCGCGCAGAUGCCAAUUCCUGGGAUCCAUCACCAUCUCCGCCGAGCACGGCAGACCAAACAUUCAUAGGCAACACGACAGACGGAAACUCCCUACCUUAUGCCGGCGAAGAAACACCGUUCUACAUAACCAUCCUCUCCCCUGUACAAAUCACAUCCAGCUCACUAUACCGCCGCUCCUCAACCAACGACACAACAACCUUCCCCAAUCUAACAGCCGUCAUCCCAGCUCCAUCCGAAAACUCAGACGGCACCGCCGCAGCCGCAACGCUCUACCCCCUCCCCAAAUCCCAGCCUAUCCGCCUGUAUAACCGCGGCAAGGACAACGAGCACUACGGUUUCUACACAUACUUCGACAAAUCAAUCUUCCUCGCGUCCCGCGCCCCUCUCAACGGCAGCGCAACCGAUUAUUCCCCCCUAGACACAAACGGGGGCUCCACCGAAUCCGACGCCGUCGUCCGCUGCACCUGGUCUCAAACCCGGUUCCUGGUACAAAUCUGGACACAGCCGUCGAAACUAGGCUACACGCUCCUCAAAUCGGGCUCAAAUAACUCAACCAGCACUACGUCUACGUCCGCGGCAACGCCUACUUCAACGUCCGAGCCAACAUCAUCUUCCUCCGCGACGGAUUUCACUCGUCCGGGCUCAUUCCCGUACCCGAUUUCCAUCACGGUUGACCGCCAUGGCGGUGCGGAGAAGAAAAAGCUGCUGUACUGCUAUGGCGUGGAGAGUGAUCAGCAUUAUAAUAUUACGGAUCGGAAGUUGCAGCUUGAGGAUAGGGGAUUUGGGGGUUCUUUGGUGAAUCCUGCGUCGGGGAUUUUUGAUGAUUUGGGUGGGGAUUCGAGUUCAAAUUCGAGUGCCGUGUAUGGGGGUGUUGAUGGUGGGACUGGGGGGUGUUCUUGUCGGUGGGCGAAUUGGAUUACGAGGUCUUGA